UUCCGAGUUGCCGACGGCUUGCGCGCUCUGCGUAUGACGUCACACUUCCAUAUAAAAGCGUGCGCGCACGAGCGGCUCGUUCCUUCCCACGGCCGCGGGACAAUAUGGCGCCGCAGAAAGACAAGAAGCCUAAGAAGUCGACCUGGAGGUUCCAUUUGGACCUCACUCAUCCGGUGGAAGAUGGAAUUUUUGAUUCUGGAAACUUCGAACAGUUUCUCCGGGAGAAGGUUAAAGUCAAUGGGAAAACUGGAAAUCUUGGAAAUGUUGUUCACAUUGAACGCUUGAAGAAUAAAAUCACAGUUGUUUCUGAGAAACAGUUCUCUAAAAGGUAUUUGAAAUAUCUUACCAAGAAAUACCUUAAGAAGAAUAAUCUCCGUGAUUGGCUUCGUGUGGUUGCAUCUGACAAGGAGACCUACGAACUUCGCUAUUUCCAGAUUAGUCAGGAUGAAGAUGGGUCAGAGUCUGAAGAUUAGUUGGCCUUUGUAUGCUUUAAAGAAAAACUAAAAUUGAACUUGGGCAAAUAAAAACCAUUGCACUCUUAAAAACAAA